CUAUUUUAGGUGGUCGAGGUAGACCAGCUAUUCGUAUUACAAGAGAGCAAAUCGACUUUCUUUUGGCCCAAGGACACACGGUCAAGAGGAUGGCAAACAUCUUUGGAUGCUCAACAUCAUUUCUUUAUAAAAAGUCCAAAGCACUUGGUGUACCAAUCAGGGGAAGGUUGGCUGCUGUGACUGAUGAAGAUCUUGAAACUAAUAUCAGACAACUUCAAUCCCUGUAUCCAAAUUCUGGGACUGAGAUGAUGCGAGGCUUGUUGCACGCACGAGGACUAGUGGUUCCACGACGUAAGGUCCGUGAGACGAUGGCUCGAAUCAACCCAAUGGCAACUGCAAGGAGGUGGAGCAGUGCAGUGUCUCGACGUGUCUAUCAUGUGCCAUACCCCAACAGUUUAUGGCAUAUUGAUGGCAACAUGCGUCUCAUAAGGUGGGGCUUUGUGGUCCAUGGUGGCAUCGAUGGAUGUUCUCGCUUAAUUACUUACUUGAACUGUAGCACAGACAAUCGCGCCUCAACAGUGCUAUUUCAUUUUCUCAAGGCAACAGGCCUCUAUGGUUUACCUUCUCGAGUGAGGUCAGAUCAUGGUGGCGAGAAUGUGCAAGUGGCACUGGUGAUGAACCUCCUGCAGGGCAUUGAACGUCGGAGUCAUCUAACUGGGGAAUCCAUCCAUAAUCAAAGAAUUGAGCGUCUUUGGAGGGAUGUGUUUUUACAUGUUCUGGAACCAUUUUAUAGCAUGUUUUAUAAUCUUGAAGAUUCAGCCCUAUUGGAUCCCAGCAACGACGUGCACAAACUUUCUCUUCACGUAGUUUUCUAA